CGCCAUUACGAUUCAGUUUCAUAGACUAUACUGAGGAAUGUACGAAGUGGUAGCUACAAAAGCUUUGUUCUCUUGUCAAACAAUGCAGAAUAAGAGCAACUAGAUUUGAAGUACAUAACAGGAUUAAGCUCACAUUAGUGCGCUGGUGUGUACUUAUCGAGUUUUGAUGCGGUAACUCGUUCUUUUAUGCACGAGAGAUGAAUAUGAGAGACGCUUUACACAUGAUGGCCCAUAUGUUAUAGCAGAUUUCGAAAUGGACUUUUGACCACACACUUCAAGUGUAUUAUCGAGCGAGUACAUCAACGAACGAAAUGGCAAUGUGAUGUUACCGUCCUUGCACUGGGUGUAUGUGGCAACUUGCACUUACAACAACACUGUCCGUUUCUUGGCAUAUUACAAGCGGUAACUUACACCUGAACAUUGCGUUGCUUCGUGACAUCGUUGCUGGUAUUAGUGUAUACGAACAACCGAGCACGUUAACUACGACGCGCACCACAGCUUCGUCUGCUUCACGUGAGACUAUUUAUCACUAGCAGAUCAAGCAUGCAGCUGUUUGAAACGACUUACCCGCGAGUUGUAUGGAAAUGAACCCUUCUUAUUCACUUAUUCGAUAUUUUACGGUAGCUGGAUAAUAACGAUGUCUGGGAUCAUGGGUUGUUGGCAAAACUGCGAAGAUUUUCGCUAAGCUCAUCAAAGAGACUUUUAGUUCGAUGCAAAGUGCUACGCUGAAUCGAUUUGGAUAAAUAUUUAGAAAAGGAUAUUUUAU